AUGGCGGGGGGGGCCGGCGGUGGCGCCAUCCCCCCGGCCUCAGUGGAAGCCUUGGCCGCCGACUGGAUGCUGGAGUUCGCCUGCCACUGCCUGUGCCGGCACUUCGGGGAAGAGUGCCCAGCGGAGUUCCAGCGGUGGAGGGACGUGGCGCAGGCUCUUAUUAAUGGCCUCUCCAGAAUAUCUGCACAGCAGAGAAAAAAGGUGUAUGUCUGUCAGCUUUUGAUGGGUGUUGCAGAAGGAAAAGAGCUUGAAUGGCAUUUUAAAAACGAGGAAAGGAUUUCACCUUUGGAAUCUGCUCUGUCUUUCUGGACUUUACUUGAAAGGGGAGAAACGAAACUGGAUAAGCUUCAUGACGAUAUUCGCCGCCUGCUUCAAAUUCAGGCUGUAGCAGUCCAUAUGGAAAAAGGAUAUUUCAAGGAGGCUGCUGAAAUUCUUGAAAGGCUGUUUACAGACUCGGAAUCAGAUAAGCCUCUAAGGGUGAAGCUGGCAACCAUACUUAAAAGCAAGGAUCCAUAUGUCCCCUUUCUCCAGAACUUCAGUUACAAUCAUUUGAUAAGCAAAAUCAAGUCUUACAUUGAACUUUUCAUGAAAGAAAAUGAGAAUAACUUCUUAAUACAGGCAGCCACCCAAGAGGUGGAGUCUAAAGGAUUGGGUGCAAUAGAAUUACAAAACCAAACUGUGAAUGUCAAGAAAAGCCACAACAAUAGUCUGGAAACAAAACAAAGGUCAAUGAAAGAAAAGGAGAAUAUUACACAUCAGUCACCUGGAGGCAAGAAAAACCCCACAGUGAGGCCUCAUUCACAGAAACACCAAGUGAACCAUGUUCUUGGGAGUCUGAACAACUUGCAGAAUGUGGAAAACAAUGGAUAUGCUUUGGCCUGUGGCCGAAAAAGACAGAGAUGGACCAACAAAGAAGACUUGGAACUGAAAUCUGGGGUGAGAAAGUUUGGUGUGGGUAACUGGGCUAAAAUUUUGGUCCAUGGUAACUUUAAGGACCGAACCAGUGUCAUGCUCAAGGACCGGUGGAGGACACUCUGCAGGAUCAACCAAAGAUAA